AUGGCAACUCAGUAUCGUGAAACAUACCCCAGUGACAGCAACGCUGAAAAUAAGAUAUCAAUAAUUCUCCAAGGUUUACGUCUUGAAAUUUAUUCAACUCGCCAGACCAAAUUCUCCUGCUCCAUUGAUGAAAAUGAAGUAGAAAUCGUGUUGAAAAUCAAGGAAGAAAAGGAGGUCUUGAACGUGGGUGUACAGCCUCAGGACGAAAGAAACACCGGAGCGGGACUAGACACUGCUCCCGAAACUUCGGGGUUUGACACACAGGAUGACGAUAUAAUGUCUGAAAUUGGACCUCUGCGAUCCGAUGAAGGGAGACAAGGUUCUAUUGGAUUACCAGAGGAGUGA